AUGGCUGUAUGUAACUAUGAAUCUAUAUAUUUAUUAUUUCCUAAAUGUGAAGAAGUUAUACUUAAUAUAAAUCAAAAUCAUGCAAAUAGCUUAUACAAAGAAAAAUGUAAUCAAAUUGAUGAUAAAUAUCCGGAUAUCUUUAACUCUAAUAUUAAUGAAAUAUGCUGUCAAUCUUUGAAAUAUCUAGAUGAAAUAUAUAAUGGAAGAGAUGCUUCAUUAGACACUGCAGGUUUUAAAUACUUGUAUUAUUGGCUAUAUAAGUACAAGCUAAAAUGGGGGAAAAAAAGCUCAGAUAUUAAAAACUUUUAUGAUGAAUUAAUAAAUAUAUAUAAAAUAAAUGAUAUGAGUUACACAGUUGAAACGGAUUAUCAAAGUGUUACUGUUGAUGAAUUUGAAAAUCUCAAAAGUUCAUAUGAUAUGCAUAACAGUUUUAUUUUCAUAAAAGAAAAAUGUAAACCUAAUGAAAAUGAGAGUUAUUGCACUAAAAUAAAAGAGAUUAUGGAUAAAUAUAACAAACAAAAUAUAAUCGAGCAUG